CUGUACAUAUUGUUCACUCGACAUCAUCCACGCUUGACUCCACGACUUCAAAAUGAGUGCCCUUCAAUUAAUCUCUCUUUUCACUGCCCUCCCGCUUCUUAACCUUAUCUCAGCGUCGCCGACAAUCCAUCACGAUGAAUAUCGUCAUCCAUCAAACGGGAUCUGUACCGACUACACCAUAAAGAGCGAGGUGACAUCCAACGACUUUGUUUGGGGCUUGGAUCACUUUAAUGAUAACUACGACGUUGCUGCUUUCCUGUUUAACAACUCUCGGAAGGAUACGUUCACCACAUUUCAGCCCUUCUCAGGUACUAAGAAUGUAACCAAGCAAUUUGAGGUUGCUGCAACGUUUUGCACACCCGAAGAAAUGAAAGGUGGGAAGGAGAAGACGGUUCUAGUGGCUACCCAUGGGCUGGGUUAUGAUAGGCGUUAUUGGGCACCCUCUUAUAAGCCGGACGAGUAUAGCUUCGUCCAGUACGCGCUCGCCAACGGAUACUCUAUCUUCUAUUAUGACCGCCUCGGCACGGGAAAGUCUCAAAUACUAUCCGGCUACACGAAUCAAGCUUCGAACCAAAUCGAGAUUCUUUCGAAGAUGGUGCAGGAAAUCCGAAAAGGAAUGUACACAUCCACUGUGAAAGCUUCAAAGAUAGUUUUAGUUGGUCACUCUUUCGGCUCUUUCAUAUCCGACGCCAUGGUUGCUCAAUAUCCCGGUCUUGUUGAAGGUGUUGUCCUGACUGGAAUCGGCUUUGCCGGCCUCACCGAUGACGCUGGCCCUUCCUCUCGCUGGAUCCCAUCCGCGUUCGCCUCCCGCAUCGCCUCAACCGUAUCAUCCGCCUACCGCUCCCUUGACUCUGGCUAUCUCUCCUUUGGUGACGUCUACGCCCACAUCGAGACCUUCUUUCACCAACCCAACUAUGCCGUCGACGUCGUCGAAUAUGCACAAGCCAUCAGCCAGCCCUUCGCCAUUGCAGAAUACCUCUCACUCGGGCGCAUCAGCCUGGUGGCUGCCGAGUUCAAGGGACCAGUCUUUAUCACAUCUGGGCAAUUCGAUUUGAUUGUUUGUGGAGGUGAGUGUAAGAGUACGUUCGCAAAUGGCACUCAGAAGGAGAAGUUUCCGAAGGCGAGGGUGUUGGAAACCUAUGCACACCCAGGAGCGGGUCACGGAGUUAAUUUCGGGGCUAAUGCGACCGGGUUCUUUGGGAAGACUGUAGAGUUUUUAGAUAAGAACUUUUAA